UUUCACAAUUUCCUAGUCUCCCCGUGUGCCUAAACUCUGUCUUUCUUUCUUCACUAUAAGAAUUCAGCUCCCCUAUGGCAAGUACUGCUGGCACUGGUUCUCCUUGUGGUGCAUGCAAGUUUCUAAGGAGAAAAUGUGCUGCAGAUUGCAUCUUUGCACCCUAUUUCUGCUCUGAACAAGGCCCGGCUCGGUUUGCAGCCAUUCAUAAAGUGUUUGGUGCAAGCAAUGUUUCGAAACUACUGCUUCAGGUUCCGGUGGCUGACCGUUGCGAGGCCAUCGUCACUAUUGCUUAUGAAGCUCAAGCUAGGAUCAAAGAUCCUGUUUAUGGUUGUGUUGCACAUAUCUUUGCCUUGCAACAACAGGUUGCAUGCUUACAAACACAGUUGAUGCAAAUGAAAGCUCAACUGGCACAAGGAUUCUUCGAUUCAAUCAACAUAGAGACUCAAUGGCCAACGCAACGAAUUUAUCCAACCUUUCCAGAUUUCAUGAACCGAAACAUAUCGCCUAAGAGCUCACUUGAAUCCAUUGAUCACAUGACCAAUGAAGGAAUGGGGGAUCAAGAGAAAGAAAGUAGAGAUGAUUACCAUAACAUAUCUUUUGAACAAAGUAAUAGCAACAAGAAGAGACCUUUCCCAAGUGAUUUGGGUGAGCUUCAAGAACUAGCUGUUCGAAUGAUGAGAAAAUGAGUCACUUUCUAUAUUUAGUAACCCUAGAGAGAGAGAGCCGGUGUUUGCUUCUUAUGAUCAUCAUGUUUAUUCAUCUUGGUUUGCAGUUCCUUUAGCCAUCAUUAGGUGCCAAAUUCUAAUGUUUAACACGUUGUUUAAUUUUCA